GAAGGAGCCCUCAGACUCGACCCUGGACAGGGAGGGCCUCUACCACCAAGUGAGCAACAAGACCAGAGGCAUCACUCAGCUGGGUCCCUACAGCCUCGACAAGGACAGCCUCUACGUCAAUGGUUACAAUGAACAGCCAGUCCUGCCUGCUCCCAGCCAUGCACCAACGACACCUGCAGCCCUCGAGCAUUUCACCAUCAACUUCACCAUCACCAAUCUCCCCUACAAUUCUGACCUAGCCACUCUGGGAUCAGCAAAGUUCAACACUACACGGAGAGUCAUGACCACCUUGCUCGACAGGCUCCUGCAGGGAAGCAGCAUUGGCCCCGCUUACCUGGGAUGUGAAAAGACAGCUUUCAGGCCCGUGGCACAAGCUGAUGGAACAAGAGUGGAUGCCGUCUGCAGCUAUAGGAAAGAGCCCUCGGACCCGCCCUUGGACAGGGUGGGCCUCUACCACCAAGUGAGCAACAAGACCAGAGGCAUCACUCAGCUGGGUCCCUACAGCCUGGACAAGGACAGCCUCUAUGUCAAUGGUUACAAUGAACAGCCAGUCCUGCCUGCUCCCAGCCAUGCACCAACGACACCUGCAGCCCUCGAGCAUUUCACCAUCAACUUCACCAUCACCAAUCUCCCCUACAAUUCUGACCUAGCCACUCCGGGAUCAGCAAAGUUCAACACUACGCAAAGAGUCAUGACCACCUUGCUCAACCGGCUCCUGCAGGGAAGCAGCAUUGGCCCCGCUUUCCUGGGAUGUGCAAAGACAGCUUUCAGGCCCAUGGCACAAGCUGAUGGCACAAGUGUGGACGCCGUCUGCAGCUAUAGGAAAGAGCCCUCGGACCCGACCUUGGACAGGGUGGGCCUCUACCACCAAGUGAGCAACAAGACCAGAGGCAUCACUCAGCUGGGUCCCUACAGCCUGGACAAGGACAGCCUCUAUGUCAAUGCCCUGCCUGAUACUGAACAGCCAGUCCUGCCUGCUCCCAGCCAUGCACCAACGACACCUGCAGCCCUCGAGCAUUUCACCAUCAACUUCACCAUCACCAAUCUCCCCUACAAUUCUGACCUAGCCACUCCGGGAUCAGCAAAGUUCAACACUACACGGAGAGUCAUGACCACCUUGCUCAACCGGCUCCUGCAGGGAAGCAGCAUUGGCCCCGCUUUCCUUGGAUGUGAAAAGACAGCUUUCAGGCCCGUGGCACAAGCUGAUGGAACAAGAGUGGACGCUGUCUGCAGCUAUAGGAAAGAGCCCUCGGACCCGCCCUUGGACAGGGUGGGCCUCUACCACCAAGUGAGCAACAAGACCAGAGGCAUCACUCAGCUGGGUCCCUACAGCCUGGACAAGGACAGCCUCUAUGUCAAUGGUUACAAUGAACAGCCAGUCCUGCCUGCUCCCAGCCAUGCACCAACGACACCUGCAGCCCUCGAGCAUUUCACCAUCAACUUCACCAUCACCAAUCUCCCCUACAAUUCUGACCUAGCCACUCCGGGAUCAGCAAAGUUCAACACUACGCGGAGAGUCAUGACCACCUUGCUCAACCGGCUCCUGCAGGGAAGCAGCAUUGGCCCCGCUUUCCUUGGAUGUGCAAAGACAGCUUUCAGGCCCAUGACACAAGCAGAUGGCACAGUGGUGGAUGCUGUCUGCACCUACAGAAAGGAGCCCUCAGACCCGACCUUGGACAGGGUGGGCCUCUACCACCAAGUGAGCAACAAGACCAGAGGCAUCACUCAGCUGGGUCCCUUCCUCAUUCUUUUUUAUGGUUUUGUAUUAAAAUAA